UACAUUGUGAGGAGAAAGCAAAAAUAACCGAAACGGAAAAACGUGCAGCGGAUGAAGAUCUCAUAGCCGUCCGUUAACGAGCACGUGAUCAGGAGAGAGUGAACGGUGGAGAUUCUCGAUUUUGGGCAUCAGUCUCGUGCAACGCAGCCACAAACGGACGUCCGUCACACCUGUUGCUCUGCCUCGAUAAUCAAGAAUGAAGAUCGGAGGAUACUUGACACUUUUGUUGCAUAUUUUGGUUCUUAUAUGCAUUUCCACUGCCUUAAAAGAAGAUGAAAUUGAUUACGAGGACGAACCAACCCACAUCGUCGUACCCCGGUCCAUCCGGGUGUUUUCCAAGGGCCCUGAUCCUGACAGUCCCCGCUACGUAGGUCCUAGAAUCUCCAAACACCUGCAUAAUGUCAUUCAAGGAGGCACCGUGGGCGUCGAGUUUGAUGUGAAAGAGGGCAUGGGCAGAUUUAGUCCUUUUUGGGAUAAGAUCCGGAAAUAUCUGCCAACAUUUCGUGACAACAAGCGGCGUGAUUUUGUACCUGUUGAUGAAGGCGAUUCUGAAAAAGAUGCCGAGAUUUUGGACCCGGUUGGGAGAGGGUUAAUCAAUCCUCGCAUCAAACCAUCUGCUAGAGAAGACCAUUUAGAAGAAUUAGAAUGGGAAAGAGUAUGAUGCCAAACCAACAAGAACUUUUACACUAUUUUUAAAGUGAUCUCAGUUUGCAAUAAGGUUACUAAAAGAAAAAAGGACAUAUUAAAAAUAAAGCAAAUUGGAUAAAUAUUGUUUUUAAAAGCACACCACUUUUACAAUUAUACUAAAGAACAUAUUUUUAUUUUAUUUUAUUUUAAUCGUUUUCUACUUUUAGGCCUAAAAUGUAAUUCUUUGGUAUCAGUAUUAUGGAAUCUUGGAAAAACAUUUCUCAAAAUGUCCAUCAAAGGGCAUCAUCAAUAUAAAUUCAAAAUUUAUUUCCAUUAAUCGAUUAAUUGAUUAUUAAAUUCUGAAAAUAUAUAAAAAGUGUGAUAUUAUCGCGAAUGUAUUUAUUCAAAAUUCUAGCAAUCUAAAUAUGAGCACAAAAUUGAUUAAAAAAUUCCAAUGUUUCAAAUGUGAAAUAGUUAAGUUUAAUAAAAUGGUAUAAAUUGAAGUUCUAAAUGAAGAGUAUUUUUUUAUUUUCAUAGCUUCCUACUUUCAGGUUUAAUACGUAAUUCAUUAUUAUCAAUAUUUGGAUAUCUUGAGAAAAAAAAUUCUCAAAUUGUCCAUCAAGUGGAUCACUGUAAUAAAUUCAAAACUUAUUUCUAUUAAUCAAUUAAUUGACAGUUAAAUUCUGAAAGUACAAAAAUAAUAUGAUAUUAUCGAGAAGGUAUAUAGCAUUUCAAAACUCUAGUAAUUAGAUAUGAGUGCAAAACUGGUUAUAAAAUUCCAGUGUUUUAAAUGUGAAAUUAAAUAAAACCAUAUAAAAAAAGCUCAAAAUUAAAUGAUAUAAAAUGAGAUUGCAUGAACGAAUUACGUUAUAUAAGAUAACGAAUAUAAAAAGAAUAAUAUUCUUGGAAUUUGAUUUUAUAAUAUGUCUCACACAUGAUAUAAAUCAUAAAUAUUUUUAUUGUAAUUAUUAAUUUAUAUUACUGUGUCACAGAUUAGAACAUCGAAUAAUCAUGUAAAUAAUUUAUGUUUCUAGUGAAGAAUAUUUUUUCUCAUUAGUUGUUCUUUUAUUCUGCAUGAUAUCAUUGGUGUCUUUAUCUGCAUUUCAUCCCCUAAGAAUUUUUUUCAUUCUUCACUUUUUCUUUUCACAACAAUUUAUUUUAAAAUUAAAAUAGAAUAAUAUCCAUGUAUCAAUAAUUUUACAACGCUAUUAGCAAAAAAAAAAAAAUACACUAAAAGUAAUGAUGCUUAUCUUAUUCCAUUUGCAGUAUGUUCGUCGUUACUUUUGUGUUAUCUGAGUUAGAGGCUUUUAUUACUAAUACUGAUUUGUACUGAAGAGAUUAUAUAGACUUAUUAGAUAUCUGACUUAUAGAUAUUGAAGAUAUUAUAUAGAGUUAUUAGAUAUCUGACUUAUAGAUAUUGAAGAUAUUAUAUAGAGUUAUUAGAUAUCUGACUUAUAGAUAUUGAAGAUAUUAUAUAGACUUAUUAAACAUUUGACAAUAGGGUAAAUUUUAACAAUGAAGUAAAAAAUCGUCUUUACCUUUUUUCAAAUUGUCAGGAGAUAAGACGACCUGUUGGCUCCUUCGAUCAUAAAAGCGAAUUUAAUCAUUUUGUGACCCGAGGCAAUUCAUGCUGUGAGGUCUCUCUUUUAAUGACUAGUCAAUUCAAUUUCAUAUUUCAGCUUAGUCAACUUGAUCAGUGGUAUAUUUUAGAUUAUUUUUUUAUUUAAAUAAUUUUGAUAAAAUAUAUUUGUUCUUUUUCUUUUUAGCGUUCAUAUCGUGGAUAAAAUUAUCUAGAGUAGGAAAACUCUUACAAAAUGAACCAUAAUUAUUAAUGAAUGAUUUUUUUAUUUACAAGAAUUUAAUAAUUAUAAAAGAUUAUUUCAAAUUUAUUAUAUUUCAAAUAAAAAUAAUCUUAAAAAUUAUUAUUCAAUAGGACCUAUCUAGAUGGAAUAAAUGCAACUAGCUAAUUAAUUGUUAAUAUUCUGAUAUAUUAUAAAAAAUAUUUAUGUAUUAAUGAUUUUAAUAAUUCAAAGUGUGCGAAUACUGUAGUCUUAAUAUUUUAUAAUCAAACAAUAUUUCUUACAUAUUUAUUUAUUUGAUAGUUAAGCUAAAUAUAUUUUUUUAAAUGGCUUGCUUGGGGCCCCUCCCUUAAAUCCUCGCCAAUCAUUUCCAAAUAGGCGGCUGCUUAGUUGGAAAUCUACCAUUGUUUUAGAUCUCUCGUUGAGUAAUUGUUUGUUUUCUCGCAUAGUCAGUAAUUCACUGUUUCACAUAUAAGAUGCCUGGAUUACUAGUUGGGGAAAAACCCUUUUAUAAAAAUAAUUUUAAUUUGCCAAUAAUAUGGAGGUAUACACGGAGAUUGCAGUUGUAAGAAGGAUGUAUUUUUACUUGCUAGCACGUUUUGUGUUAAUAACUCAUUGAAAAAAUUGGUUGUUAUUUAGUAUCACAUUAUUGGAUGUAUUUUUAUUGCUUUUACAAAUCUUUCAAUCCUUUUAUAGAAUAUUAUAACAUCAGACUUGAAACUUUGUAAUGAAUACACAUGGUGAUAACUUUAUGUCUCUAUAGGGAAUGCAACAUUUGUGUGUUUUCUUAUGUGAUAUUCUUUUUGUGCUUCCAUGCGAUGAAGUAUAAGAAGUUUCAUUAAAUGAUGUAAAACAUUUUUUUCCAUA